AUGAAUUACAAUUUAGAAGAAAAGUCGUCCUCUAAAUGCUUUGAUGGUUAUAUAAAAGUAUAUACCCAUGAUAGCACAGAAGUUAAUACAAAAAUGACUUUUGCUGUGUAUCUUCCUCCAUUGGCUGAGUCUUCAAAGUGUCCCGUUUUGUAUUGGAUAUCAGGAUUAACUUGUACCGAGCAAAAUUUUAUCACUAAAUCUGGUUUCCAAAAGUUUGCAUCUGAAUUAGGAAUUAUUGUUGUUUGUCCAGAUACAAGUCCUAGAGGAGCAAAUAUUGAGGGUGAAAAUAAUAGCUGGGAUUUUGGUUUAGGGGCAUCAUAUUAUGUGGACGCAACUGAAGAAAAGUGGAAAAAAAACUAUCGCAUGUACUCUUACAUAACCAAAGAACUUCCAGAUAUAAUUUCGAAUAAUUUUCCUGUAUUAAAAGAUGUUCAAUCUAUUAUUGGCCACAGUGUAGGUGGUCAUGGUGCAUUGAUUUGUGCUUUGAAAAAUCCUGUAAAGUAUAAGUCUGUUUCUGUGUUUGCUCCAGUAAGCAAUCCAAUUAACUGUCCAUGGGGUAAAAAAGCAUUUACAGCACUUUUAGGACUUGAUCAAGAGACUUGGAAGGAGUAUGAUGCUUGUGAACUCGGUAAAAAGUAUGAAGGACCGCUACUAAAUAUAUUAAUAGAUCAGGGCUCAUCUGACAGUUUCGCAAAAGAUCAGUUGUUAACUGAAAAUUUUAUUAAAGUUUGCAAUGAAAAUUCUUUGCUAAAAGUUAAUUACAGAUUACGAGAAGGAUAUGAUCAUGGCUAUUAUUUUAUUUCAACCUUUAUAGAAGAACAUAUUAGAUACCAUGCUGCUGCAUUGCUUAAAAGUGUUGAGUAAAACAGUAUAUGUAUAUAUAUUGUUCUUAUUUAAGAUUAAGUCUAAAGUUUUAA